AUGAAUGUUUAUUUCCAUCUACGAGGUGUGGCCGGCCUUACUGAGGAUGAUCGGUCCAGGUUCAUGGGGGAGAUGAACUGGCCUGAGAGCUUGGAUCUCAAUGACGUUCGGUAUGAAGUGGUCGGAAGGGGUUACUGGGGGUUUCAUCAUUACUGGUGCAAGAUUGUGAGAUACGUAGACGGGGUCAGGGGGGUUUGGCAUUUUGACGACCGCAAGGACGGCGGCCGCGCUCAGCUUCUGGGUCGAGAUCUCGCCUUGAUUUCGGGCCCUCAACCUUCAACCACCAAGAUUACCUCAAAGAAUCCAGACGCCCCGGGUGAUAUGCCGUUUCUUUCGGGUGACAUGGAGGACAUCGACAUCGAAGAUAUCAAGGAGGACUUGCCCGACUUCCCUGUGGGCAAUGCGGUCUCCCCUUCGUUGCCAAGUGGGUUGGUCACGAGUCAGCGCUCAGUGACCAACGCCAAACUGGCUUUUACAGCACCAGCUUCUCCCGCGGUUGAUGAACUGGACGAAGAUCAAGCUCCAGCCGGAGCAGCAGGGGCUGUGGUUCCUUUGGCCUCGCAUCAAUCUUCACAAAGGGAUAAAGCCAAAGUCGCAUUCAGCCAUAGUGAAAAGGGUCCUUCGUCCUCAGCUCCACCUCGCGUCAGAAAGAUUGAUGACAACGAGGAGCAUGGUGAACCACGUCCAGCCACACAACCUGAAAAAGCAACAAUGCCCGAGGUGAAGGGUCCCUUGAGUGUCCGCCUGCGUGUGAACAAGCGCCCAAAGUCACAGUCUCCGUCCCCUCAGAAAGCUCCGAAGGCCAAAAAGGGUACCGCCAAGGGCAAGUCCAAGGCCAAGGUGAAGGAAGAUAAGGCGGGAUUACCAGUUGUCAAAGAGGAAGUUGUCGAGAAGAACGCCACGCCUCAGCCUAAAGGGAGAAAGAAGAAAUGA